UUCGAGGACUCAGACCCAGACAGAAGAAGCAGCGGAGCGAGGGAAGACGAGAGAGCCGCAGCCACAGCAGCAGAAGCAGAGACCCGGGGAGGGGCUGUUUUAUGUCAGGAAUAUCUCACACGAGCUUUACGCGCAGCUGUGGAUUGUUCUAUUUUGUAUAUUUGAUUUUUUUUUUCCACGCUUUGACGCCUCCCCCGAGCCUCUGCUGCGGCGGGAUACAGCCUCCAGGAGUGGAUGUUUGUUGUAACUCCCCGCGCCCCUUGUUUCCAUCCCUCGAGCACUGACUUACUUUGCACUGGCCGUUACACAAACCGGCGCCUCUCCCCUCAUCCUGCUCCUACCCUCCUCUCUCCUCUUCUCCUCCUCCUCUCCUAGUUUUACCCCAAAUCCCACGCGCGAGAGGAGACGCGACGGGAGAAGAUGCCCAGCUCGCUGUUCGCAACAGACAGCGGCAGCGUCCACCACCACCACCACCACCACCACCUCCAGCACCACCACCACCAGCAGCAGCAGCAGCAACAGCAGCAGCAGCAGCAGCAGCAGCAGGGGGACGCGCUCGACGACCAAAGGGCUCUGCAGCUCGCCUUGGACCAGCUCUCCCUGCUGGGCUUGGACAGCGACGACAACGCGGUGUACGACAGCAACGAGCCGCGCAAGAAGAGCGUCAACAUGACCGAGUGCGUCCCGGUGCCGAGCUCGGAGCAUGUGGCUGAGAUUGUGGGCAGACAAGGUUGUAAGAUCAAAGCUCUACGCGCCAAAACUAACACGUACAUCAAGACGCCGGUCCGAGGGGAGGAGCCCGUGUUCGUGGUGACCGGGCGGCGGGAGGACGUGGCCAUGGCCCGGAGGGAGAUCAUAUCGGCGGCGGAGCAUUUCUCCAUGAUCCGAGCGUCGAGGAACAAAAACACCAGCGUGAACGGGAGCGGCACGCCCAUCCCGGGACCCCCGAACCUGCCGGGGCAAACCACCAUCCAGGUCCGGGUGCCGUACCGCGUCGUGGGGCUGGUGGUCGGCCCGAAAGGCGCGACGAUCAAACGCAUCCAGCAGCAGACGCACACGUACAUAGUGACGCCCAGUCGAGACAAAGAGCCGGUGUUCGAGGUCACGGGCAUGCCGGAGAACGUGGACCGCGCCCGCGAAGAAAUCGAAGCCCACAUCGCCAUGAGAACGGGCGGUAUUAUCGAACUGCAGGACGACAACGAUUUCCACGCCAACGGGACAGACGUCGGAUUCGAUCUGCACAACCACGCCUCCUUGUGGUCCAAACCCGGCGCGACGACCAUGACGCCGUCUUCAGCGCGUAAACCUUUCUCAAACUACCGUAACGACUCCUCUUCCUCCCUGGGAAGCGCCUCCACGGACUCGUACUUUGGGAAUAGCAGCUCUCGUAUGGCCGACUACAGCCCCCCCAGCCCGGCGCUAAGCUACACCGCUAACAACAACAACAACGGGAACAAUAACAACAACAACAUCAACAACGCCAACGGGUUUGUUUACGGCAGCGACGUCAUCUCCCCAGACUCUACCAACAUGGCGUUUGACUCGUCGCCUACGUUUGACCCCACCCCCGCCCCCCCGGGACUGUUGUGGUCCCAGUACGAGAGAGGCGUGACCCCCACGUCGACCGGAGGGAGCUCCCCCACCUCCACCUCAGCCAUAUUCUCCGCCAAUAACAACAAUAACAACGGGAGGAGGGUGAGCGCCGGCGCCACCCCUCAACCGAGACUGUCCCCUCCCCUCCACAGCCAUACAGGGGGCGCCGGCGAGCACACGCUGGCCCGCAGAGUGCGCAGCGAUCCGGGCGGCGGCUCCCUCAGCUUCCCCUCCUCCUUCUCCGGCGCCAUCGCCUCCCUGCCCGGACCGCACCUCCCCGGCAUUCCCUGCGAUUCGUCGGCCUCCUCCUCCGCCUCCUCCUCGUCCUCCUCCACGUCGUCGGGCACGAGCAGAAAGGGGAGCCGCGACUGCUCCGUGUGCUUCGAGAGCGAGGUCAUCGCCGCUCUGGUCCCGUGCGGCCAUAACCUCUUCUGUAUGGAGUGCGCCAACCGGAUCUGCGAGAGGAGCGAGCCCCGGUGCCCCGUCUGCCACAGCGGCGUCACUCAGGCCAUCCGGAUAUUUUCAUAAGGACUUGUUUUUGUGACUGCGUCUCCGUCGGCGAGACCCUGACGAUAGCAACAAUGACUCUGUUUGUUCUUCUUUGAACCUGCUUUAAAGUGUACAUAGAUUUAUAUAAACGCACACACCGCCAGGCGCAGGUUUGGCCACGCCCUCUCGUUUAAUCUGCAUUUUUACCACAUUUCCACACACACGACAUCAGAUAUAUGACGUAACAAAUCUGGAGUUAUGUAGCAAAGAAAAAAGGUGAACUCAGCUGUUGUUGUUCUUCGCUUCAUAAUUCCGUUUCCGUUCCUUCAUAUAGUUGAUGUUUUGCGUGUGUGUGAUAAAUAAAUGUAAAAACGGCGUGGAGCGAGGGGGCGUGUCCGGGCCGCCGCGUGGUCGUGCGUGUAUGUCCGAGGCUGCAGUAUCAGGGGGGACGGGCCUCUUGGCGGGUCGUCGUCGUAGUUGUUGAUAAAAUACUGUAGCUUGGGGAGUAUUUUGGACAUCUAAGUGCAUGUUUUGAAUAUACAGCAUAGUAACUCUAUAGUUCUAGUAAAUCGUAUUCUAUAUUUAUGGAUCUUUAAGGACACGGUGGGACGAGGGAUCAAACCCAGAGACUUUUUAGACGCGCGGCUCCGCUCAAAUCCUGACCUACUUUCCCGGCGUGUGGGUGAACGCGCCGCACGGCUGUGAUAAUGUCGUCACGCUCACAGAGAGUGUGGUUUUGGCAGCUGUUUGCGUCUGUUACAUAUAAUUUAAACUGCAAACAACUCAUGAAAACGUCUCCUUCUCCUUCUUCCCAUCACCGCUCGGAUCCUCGCUCCGUUCUGCCGCAUGUUUGGCCACGCCCUUUUAUUCGAGUCUAAACAGAAGCAUAUGUCGGGAGUCUUUGGGCGCUUUUUCAAAAUCCACUAUCGCUCCGAUCUUUCCUGCCUGGUCCCGGUGGAAAAAAAACAAACAUUUAAACGCACGUGUUUCUCGCAGACCUGUCACGACGGCGCGUUUUGGAGGCGCGGUUCAACGUCGACGCAGAGAAACACCGCGGUAAACGAUAAUAUUGACACGAGUUAUGGUUUAAACGAUGCAGGAUAAUCCCACUGAGCCGUUAAAAGGACAAAUAAACAGCAGGAUGUGCCAUUAAUUAGCCAUAAAAGGGACGCGAUCUCCCGCCGCGGCUCAAAUCCGAUCGUUUUACGACAAAAACAAGACAAAUCGCCUCGUUCCAGGUUCCAUUUACAGAACGAUACGUGGAUGUGGUGAUUAUCGUGACAGGCGGCGUCAGUCUCGUGGUCAAAGCGAGGUUUAAAGUGCGGAGGAGGGCGCGGGACUCCUGCAGGACGAGGGCGAUACUGCAGCUGUGACCACGCGAGGGAGCGAGGGAGCGCCACGCGAGGGAGCGCCACGCGAGGGAGCGCCACGCGAGGGAGCGCCACGCGAGGGAGCGCCACGCGAGGGAGCGCCACACGAGGGAGCGCCACAAUCCUCCGUAAAUGUACAGAAUGACAUUCAUACAGAAGUAUUUUAUUGUUUUUUUUUACUUGAAAGUUUAUAUUUCUUAUUCAAAGAUGUUUACAGAUAUUUUAUUUUAAGUUCAGUGAACUUUUUGUAGCUGGGUUGAACUUGUUUCGUAGAAUGGCCUUAUGGUAAUCACUGUAUUAUUUGAGCGCGGCGGCGGCGGCGGCGGCGGCGGCGGCGGCCCUCACCUUGUGUUUGACAGGACUUUUUAUAGGUUUAGCAAAAAAUGUCUUUUGACUCUGCUUCACCCAGCAUAUUUUCUAUAUCAGUAAUAUAAAGCAUAUUUUAUUCUAUAUUAUUACAAACAUGGAAAUGUAUAAAACUUAGUAAAGUUGAACUCAAAGAAGCGUUUAUGCUUUCUAAAAUUUGUAUGAAUUAGAUGAGUGGGAUUACAGGCUUCUGUUGCACCACUAUAGUUUUAGUAAUUCUAUUUUACUACUUUUGUUUACCACUUGUUUAUGUAUAUGUAGGUGACGUUACUUGAGCGUAAAUGUACUUUAAUGAGCAAAGUUUAAGAUAAAGUCUAUUUUAUUUUAUGAUAAAGGGCCUUUAACCUCACGGUCGAUACUAAGAUUAUAUUUGCUGAGACAAGAUUUGAAAAUGUAUCAAGAGUUUUAUUUUUCUGACAUUUAAAGUUCUACAUGAUAAAAGUAAGACUUAAGUAAUGGUGCUAAUUCAUGUUUUUUUAAGUAUUUCUAUAUAAGUCAAUAAAAU